ACAAUGAGACGCGAAAGUGGCGCCACGACGCGGCCAGCGCCACGAAACGCUGCAGCGGCGACGAAGGGCGAAGAGAGUUUGCGAACGAAGAGAAACCAGUAGAGGUUGCAUAGAGGGAGCGAGUUCAGUUCAGGCGCAAAGGUCCUCGGUUAAGGACGCGACGGUCCUGUUAAUCGGGACACUAUGCCAGGCGGCGAGGGGUCCCCGAUCAAUCUCCUCGACCACCGUGCAUCGACCACCUCCGGCGAGUGCGCGAACAGUGACGAAGAUGAGAGGACGACGGACAACGUUUCCAGCACGAUGACGACCGUCCUCGCGGGCGACGGUCUUAGACGGAGGAAGGUCAUACAUGCGGCCAAAGAAACUUUCGACAAGGCGUCUCGUCUCCUCAGACGGAAGAUACCAUGCACAGGCCACCUGAUGACCCCCCGCCGCCUAUGGAUACAAAAGGUUCCAACUCAGGAAUGUGACGUCGUGGUGAUGUUCCCAAGUGGAACGAGCGACGAAACCCUGAUGUGGCUGCUAGGUCGACUUCGUGCCGGAACUCCAGGCCUGGUGGUGCACGUGCGGCAUCACGCCUCGUCUGACAGUUACGGCUUUUACUUAACAGCUCCCUUUAGCGUAUUAUUGAAAGCUGCCGAAGAGGUGCAUUUACCAAAGACCCUGCGACAAGAGUUUGGGGGAGGAUUGAAGGAAUUCGUAGGCUCGGAAUCGAGCUGUUUCGAAGGUAGCGACGACGAGGCACGAUUCUUCACCACCCAGGAGAGGCAAUCCCUCGUUCUCCAUCUGCUUCACACGCUCAGAGCGGGCCCGCAGGAUCUUCACAGUUUACCCGGGCUUAAAAUGGUCGAAGGCCAAGCAAUUAUUCCAAAGUGCAUUUCUGCUGGGAUCAUAUCUCAGGUUUUCCCUCUUCACGAAUUGCCCGCAUUGGAAAAACUACAACGGACGUGGGUCCGCGCGUUUCUUAGUCCCCAACCCCUGGACGAUAUUUGUAAAUAUUUCGGAGUCAAGAUUACCAUGUACUUCGCGUGGCUCGGUCAUUACACCACCGCCCUGAUUGUUCCAGCUGCAGUGGGUGCCAUAUAUUGGAUCGGCAUCAUCGGCAGGAAUCAAGCGGUCGAAGACGUAGCCUACGUACUUUUCUCGGUGUUCAACGUAAUCUGGGCCACCGUUUAUUUGGAAACGUGGAAAAGAAGGGGCGCCGAAUUGGCCUACAGGUGGGGCACUUUGGAUCAAAGAGACGACCUACUUGUCGAGCCCAGGCCUUUAUUCACGGGCACGUUGGAAACUUCACCUGUGACUGGAAGACUGGAACCAACUUAUCCCAGAUGGAAGAGAAACAUGUUCCGCUACUUCGUCAGCGUUCCUAUUAUCGCCGCGUGUUUGUUCUUCGUCUUCAUCGUGAUGAUACUCAGCUUCCAAAUACAGGAUUGGUGGGACGCUCGUCUUGAGUCGAGGGGAUACGGAUUCUGGUUGAGCUACGUGCCAAAAGUUUUGCUGGCGGUGGUAAUAGCAUUAAUGGACGAGGCUUACUUCAAAGUCGCCGUAUGGUUGAACGAUAUGGAAAACUAUCGGCUAGACACCGAGUACGAGAAUCAUCUAAUCUACAAGGUGGCACUGUUUCAGUUUGUAAACUCCUUCCUAUCGCUAUUUUACAUCGCCUUCUACCUACAGGAUCAAGAAAGGCUCAAAGAGCAAUUGGCAGCACUGUUGAUCGCUCGCCAAGUGAUCGGCAAUCUGAAAGAAUCGGCUGUCCCGUAUCUGAUCGAGCAGUUGCGAUUGGCGCGGCUCAGCUUCGAGCUUUUCGGCGCGCUGAGCCCGAGCGAGGCCAGGCCACCGCCUGGCGAGGAAAGCGAGGAGAGUCAGAGGGAAGUGGAGGGGGAACGCUCCUCGGACGGGGGGAAGUCGAAGCAACCGAGAAACGUUAGCCAGGCCGAAUUGGAGAGUUCCCUCUACAGAGUAGGGCAUCCCACUAAUUCUCUACUUAGUGACGUUACGUUCAAGGUAUCGAGCAAAAAGUACGACGGUGCGUUUUCGGAGCAUCUGGAGAUGCUGUCACAAUUGGGAUACGUGUGCCUAUUCUCCUCAGCCUUCCCCUUGGCUGCGAUGGCUGCACUGCUUGGAAACCUUCUCGAGCUACGAGGCGACGCUUUCAAACUUUGUUUCGUCCUUCAACGACCAUUUGGUCGAAGGGUUUCCAACAUUGGAACUUGGCAAAACGCGAUGGAGGCUAUGGGCUUGGUCGCAAUUCUGGUAAAUUGCGCUCUGAUCGGGUUGAGCGGGCAGGUGCAGCGAAUGUUUCCAGAAAUGUCGGCCACGCAAACGAUUUUAUUGAUAGUCGCGCUCGAGCACAUUAUGCUCGGCAUACGAUUUAUCAUAAUCUGCGCGAUCCCGGAUAUUCCGCAUUGGGUGGCCACGGAAAUGGCCAAGGUGGAAUUUUUGAGGAGAGAAGCGGUCAGGAGACUUUCGUCCACCCCCUCCCCUGAACAGCAUCCAGCCACAGUGAUAGCAGACGGUGAGAGCGAAGAGCAACAACUGCUUUCCAAUCGUACCGGAGAUGCAACGUCCCCCAGCGUUCCGGACACACCGACCCUAGCAUCGUCCGCCCAGACACCCAGUAGCCCCCCAACACCUGGCGCAGCAUCCGUGCCAAGGAUCGCGGAAACGCCUUCUCUGGUCCAGACCCCUGGUAGCGCGAGCAGCAGCGAGUUUGCCACCCAUUUCCCAACCGAGAACAGCAUGGGCAGCGUUCGUGAUAUUCACAAUUCACCUAGAUGCUCUAUUCCUGGUGGAGAACGAGGAAGGCGUUCGAGGGAAUGGCUUCAGAACGAGUCGGAGGCGGCGGGUGGAGCCGAUCACUACAGCCACCAUUUAACGAUCGGCCCUCACGGAGGUGUGGACUGGGUUCGAAGAUUGGGCCUCGAAGCUGGUGGCCGCAAGUCCAGCGAUUCUGAGAUCAGCGGUGCAGGCACCGUCGGCACCGGGGACGAGUUAACUCUUCACAGGUCCACCGAUUGCAUCGUUUCGAAAGAGCUCGCCUCUUCGUCGGAUAGCGAUCUUCUUAGGUCUGCCCCACCGUGGACGGUGGCUCACAGGAACCAAAAGUUUCGAUUCUCACCUGAAAGAGAAAGAGAACGAGAAAAGGCGGAGAGGCAGCAGUAUCAGCAUCACCAACGAGAGAUUCACGAUCACAAGCAGCAAUUAUCUUACUACGCGGAGAAGGAGAAGGAUAGCGGCCUUUCAGACUCGAGCAAGACGAUCUCUAGCCAAGAAGAGGAGAAGCCGUCGAAGGAGGACAGGGAGGCAAAGAAGACAAGAGUGAAACAGAGUUUGAUGAAGAGAGCCAGGUCUGUGGCGAUCUUUUCGUUGAAGUUGAAGGAGAGGAGAGCGAGGGAGGCGGAGAAAGCGAAGGAGGCGGAAAGAGAAGCUAGAUGGCAGCAGCCGCAGUCGUGCGUCGGUGGCGAACUCUCUUGCAUCCCCAUAGAGAAGCUUAUAUCCGUAGACGACAUCGCAGCGAUGGAAUUACGCAGACUUAAUCAUUAGCCGCUUAAACGUUUCAUUUUCGUUUUACACGCUACGCUAGAAACGUUCGUCUGCGCCAGUGAUACUCGCUACGGAACAAAUGUUGCAUAAUAAUAAGAAUUUUCCCAGAAUCCGUGAGGCCAUAUCAACAAUAAUAAUGUAUCCGA